AUGAACAUCAACAUCGAUAUUGGUUCCAACGAGGGGAUCGCGAUGCAGGCAGAGUUCAAGAUAAGCCUGAACGCCUAUUUGGCAGACUUGGUCUACUCCCCAGUCCGCUCCCUUGCCCAAGUCAUAGCAUUCAACAACGCACAUCCCAUAGAGGAGCGGGUGAAAGAUUUCGGUCAACCUGACCUUAUCGCGGCCCAAAACACAAACGGCAUUUGCACCGUGGAGAGAGCCGCGAUCCGGCGGCUGAAGGAGCUGGACACGGAAGGGCUGGAGAAGCUGAUGAAGGAGCGCCAGCUGGAUGCGAUCGUGGCGCCUAACAGUGAUAUAUCUAGCCUUCUCGCCAUUGGCGGCCAGCCUGACAUCAUUGUGCCGGCAGGGUACAAUGAGCAAGGGGUUCCCUUUGGGAUAUGCUUUGGCGGGCUGCAGGGGUACGAGCCGAGGCUGAUCGAGAUGGCCUAUGCUUUCGAGCAGGCUACGAAAGUUAGAAAGCAACCCAUGAUCAAGCCCUAG